UUCACGAAUACAGGCUCUCUGGGGCAUUUCUCCAUCCAUUUGAUGGUCCAAACUCCUAAGGUUCCGUCUCCUUUGCAUUUAACAAGCACAGAUCGUAAAACCUAACAUUCUAAUAACAUAAAAUGCCAAAUAAACCGGAUAAUAAAGAAAACAAAAAGGAAAGAAGCAUGUGAUUCUAGUAUGCCAGUACCAGUUAGCUAAACCCAUAAUUAGUAGUAAUUUUUAUUUAAAAAUAGAAGGAGAGGAAAAAGCGGAAGAGAAUAAACAAAACAGGAAGAGUUAAGUUAGGAGUAUGGCGGCAGAAUCGGGAAGCUCGAAGUUCGAUCUUCCCGAGGAGGUGGUGCAAGUGCUACCGUCAGAUCCCUUCGAGCAGCUUGAUGUGGCACGCAAGAUCACAUCCAUUGCGCUCGCGACGCGUGUCAACGCACUCGAAUCUGAGACGUCUGAUCUACGCGCCAAGAUCGCCGACAAGGACAAUCUCAUCGCCCACCUGCGCUCUCAGCUCGCCUCCCUCGACGCCUCCCUCUCCCAAAUCGCCGAUAAGCUCGUCCAAGCCGACCAAGAUAAGGAGAGCUUGCUGAAGGAGAAUGCUUCCCUUUCCAGUACCGUCAGAAAGCUCACUCGGGAGGUCUCCAAGUUGGAGGGUUUCAGAAGGACGCUUAUGCAAUCACUUCAAGAAGAUGAUGAUAAUUCUGGUGGAGCUCCAGAAAUGGUUGCUAGAAUAGAGAGUCAAUCGAGCUUGACUUCCACUUCCCAGUUUGGAGACGAUGAUGCUUCACGGCCACCGUCGACAUCUUCAUCGCAAACACAUACUUCUGAUGUUGGAAAUUCUUUUGUCCGGGAUCGUGAAUCUGAUGCCACAAGACCUCGAGUAUCACAAAGUCUCCUCUUAGCAUCCCAAACUAGCACCCCUAGAAUUACUCCACCCGGUUCCCCUCCAAUUCUUUCGGCAUCAGUGUCCCCAAGAACAUCCCAACCUGUGUCUCCAAGGAGACAUUCAAUUUCAGUCUUGAACUCAAGAGGCAUGUAUGAUGAUAGGUCUUCAGUGUAUUCCUCAACGUCCUCGGUUCAUAAUUCAGUAUCUAGCUCUGAUGCAGGAGCUGGAUCACAAUUUGGACGAACCCGGGUGGAUGGAAAGGACUUUUUCCGCCAAGCAAGGAACCGUUUGUCCUAUGAGCAGUUUGGAGCAUUUCUGGCGAACGUUAAGGAGCUGAAUUCCCAUAAACAAACAAGAGAGGAGACGCUACAAAAAGCUGAUGAAAUUUUCGGGCCUGAAAAUAAGGACCUUUAUGCUAUAUUCGAGGGAUUGAUUACUCGCAAUGUCCAUUGACGUUAUGGCUAGCUGAAUUUUCAAUCGGAGUUUGUUACAACUGAUGAAUUUGUGUUCGUUUACGGUUUUACAUACUUCUUUGUCCCCAUUGUGUGUUACAUCCUGUUAAUUUUUGUAUGAUAAAAUAAUUCUUUGGACAUGAAAGCCUGUAAAUUUAUAUUGACCAAGACAUUUCUUCACGGGACAUUUUCUGGGUUGGUUCAUCCAAUGUAAUACCUUAAUUUAUCUUACUUAUAUAAUGGUUUGGUCGAAUUUAGUCAAUUCA